AGUUCUGAUGUGCAAAAGUGGCAAAAAAAUCCUGUCUUUGCCACAGCUGAUCAAAUCAGUGCAGCUGAUAAAUUUGUUCUAAAAAUGUUUGACUUUGGCAGUGAGUAAACUCUGUUUUCACAACAAAAAAUCUACUAUAUAAAUUAAAUAAUUCAAUAUUGCUUGUUAAUUGUCUAAAUAAAUGCAUUUCUUCCCAGAUUGUCCUAUUACUAAAUAUGUUAUUAACAAUAAACAUUUUUAUUUCUUUUGUUAUAGUGACCAACAUCAACCUUGCCCUGAUAACAGCUCUCAAUGAAUUGAAGACCCAUUAUAGCAAGAAAAGAGCAUCUAUGGUGUUUUUCUUAACUGAUGGUGAACCAACAGAAGGGGAGAGAAACUGUGAAAAAAUUGCUAUCAAUGUCCGUGAGGCAAAUGGAAAAGAGGCAGCCAUCUUCUCUCUGGCAUUUGGUGAAGGUGCCAACUAUCAAUCAUUGCAGACUAUCUCAGCUCAAAAUUCAGGCUUUGCUAGGAAAAUCUACGAAGCAUCAGAUGCGGCUCUUCAGGUGGCCAGUUUGUACCAAGAAAUUUCCGCAGUAGUCAUGAAAGAUAUUUCCAUCUCAUUCUUGCCCAGCAGUGUCGAUGAGUUUACCCUCACAGAAAACAAAUUCCCCACCAUCUUCAAUGGUUCUGAAGUUGUGGUAUGUGGUCAAGUGUUGGAUAAGGCCCGUGAGUUCCAGCUCUCCAUCAAAGGUGUCCAGCAGUCAGGGGAAGUAAAUCUCGUACUUGAGACAGAUGAUAUCAGUAAUCUUAUCCUGAACCCAGAGGAUCCUUUGUUUAGUGGACCGAGAAACUUUGCCGGAAUUGUUGAGAAAAUGUGGGCGUACCUCACCAUCAAACAGCUGCUGAGGGAGAAAGAUAAGAACUUGUCUGAUGAAAAAGUUGAGGAGUUGGACAAGAAAAUACUUGACAUGUCGUUGAAAGUAAGUGUAAAGUAAGGUGUUUUAAAUAUCAGAACAAAAGACCACUGUGCUCAGACAAUUAUUUGUGUUUAAAAUGAUAACAGAAAAGCACUUCACUGGGUUGGAUAAGAAAAUAUCGGGGUCACCAACUCGAAAAAUAAAAUUUACGGUGAAAUAAAUGAGAUUCUAAUGCUAAACAUUAUAUCCUGGGAUGAAACAUAUCUUACAUCCAUCCAUCCUUGUGGCGCUACAACCCAUGUAGGUCUUUGGACUGUCUCACUACUUUCUUCCACUCAGACCAUCCAUCCUUGUGGCGCUACAGCCCAUAUAGGGCUUUGACCUGCCUGGACUAAUUCCUUCCACACAGACAUAACUAAUGAUUUUCUUUUCCAUGCUUGGAUUCCCAGCAUUUGUCGAUCUUUUCCACAUCAUCCAUCCAUCUAAGCCUAGGCAUGCCUUUGAGCCGUUUUCCUCUGGGGUUUUGGUGAUGCACCCUCUUCACUCGUCUGUCAUUUGGCAUUCUUCUAAGUUUCCUGCCUAGCGUAGCCUGCUCCCCCCCCCCCCCCUUCUUUUUUUUUUUUUUUGCUACUAGCGUGGGAUCCUGAUAUAGGCUGUACAAUUCGUGGUUGCACAUCUCUUAAACAUUUUAAAAAUUAAACUUACGAUGGUUAAAAAAACAUUUAAUAUAUCCGUUCGAGGGUGCCGAGUGGUUUGUAAUGAAACAAUCUCAAGCUUGUAGACUAGAGUAGACAAAAGCAAACACAAAACCAGCUCUCCGGGUAGUUCGGAAUUCGUUGACCUUAUACGGCAACUCAUCUAAGUGAGGGAAAAUUCUCAAAUCAAAAUGAAGUCCCUUAGGCGCUGUGGUAUUGACACAAUGGAAAGUCCAACUCCUGCGAUGGGCAACGCACAAAAGCACGGUGAGACACAAAAAUAAGACCAGCCCCCCCCUCACCCCGCCCCCGUGUGAAUGGGACUCGUUAACCUUGGAUGAAGGCAAACUCUGAUAUCAGACCCAGAGAUGGAAUCCCGCAGGCCAGGCCUGCACAACUCGAAAUGUAAGGUGGGCCGUGAUAAUUUAUGAAACAAACAUGUGCGGGCCGAACGAAAAUAGGACAAGGUGGAAAGCUAUUAAGAAAAUAAAAAUUAUAAAUAAUAUUUCAUUCCUUCGCGGGCCGCAAAAUAGGUGCUGCCAGCCGCAUGCGGCCCGCGGGCCGUAUGUUUUGCGGGCCUGUCGUAGGCAAUAUGACAUUGACACAAUGAAAAUUCAGACAACUCCUGUGUCAUAGGUCGCAUAGAGAGCACAGUAAAACACGCAAGAAACACUGCCGGUCAUCUCCUGCAUCCUGGUCUGCUUCCAGUCGUCUUGACCAAGUCUUGCAAUUUUAUCCAAUGACGAGAGAGUGAGGCUGACGAAUUGAGCAAAUCUCCUGCACUUUUACCAAAAUACAGCUCGAGUCAAGACUACUACUCAAGUCAAGACUACUACUCAAGUCAAGACUACUACUCAAGUCAAAACUACUACUCAAGUCGAAGCCUUAGGCAUCUUCGCAUUUAACGAACGAACACUAAAUCCGUUUGACGAUUUGUUUAUUAUUUUAUCUGCGUGACUCAUAAUAUUUGUUUUUAUUUUAUCUGUAGACCAUGAAGGAAACAUAUUUUUAGGACAUAUUACAGAUGGAUUGGUUCAUUUCAUUUCCGUUUAAGUUUUCAGAGUUUGGCUAAGUAGAUUUGAUAUUGAAUGACGAAGGCGUGAACUGAGGGGAAGGAAAUUCUUCCGAGCAACAGUAUCUACACCUGACACUAACCCUAGCCACACCAUUGACAUACAACAUGUACUGACAAGUGACACCAAGCCUAGCCACACCACUGACCUACGGACAUGUACUGACAAGUGACACCAACCCUAGUCACACUACUGACCUAAGGACAUGUACCGACAAAUGACACCAACCCUAGCCACACCAUUGACCUACGGACAUGUACUGACAAGUGACACCAACUCUAGUCACACCACUGACCUACGGACAUGUACUGACAAGUGACAUCAACCUUAGCCACACCAUUGACCUACGGGCAUGUACUGAAAACUCCUUUAAAUUUAGAUUUACGGACUUCUUGACACGGUGCUGAUGUUUAUCAUAAUCGUUGGACUAUUUUUUAAAAUAAUUAUAACUGUAUGACUCAUGCUUGAGCCUAUUUAAAAUAUUAUUUUGUAUCUUAUAAGCAACGAUCAUGAAGGGGAAAAAAAUGAGAUCGAAUGGAUCGUUGUAUAUGUUUUCUUCGCUUGCACAUCAUCUGUGGUUUGCUAAGUAAACACGCAUUGGAUAACAAUACUGGGAUACGAGAGGGAAAAAAAAAUUAUCAGUGUUGAAUUUUGACUGAUCAUGACAAUACACGUUAAAUGGAAGUCAUAAAAAAAAAUAACAGAAGUUGAGACGUCACGUUUUUUCUACUUAAAAGAAAAAUCGUUAAAUGUCCCGAUUUAUUCCGGACAUUCCUAAAGCACCUACGGACAUUUACGGACAUUUACGGACAUUUACGGACAAUUAUGGACAUUUACGGACAUUUACUGACAGCUCUUUCUAUGGUUCGUAUCACCUAAAAAUAAAUAAAUAAUUCCCUCAUUUCUUAGGACUGUAACCAACUGAUUUCACGCUAAGUCCCAGCAAGUCAGUUGAGCCUGGUAAAACUUUUUUUUUUUUUUAUGUGGAUAGUCCAUCCGAGUUAAGGAAUGCAGAACUGAAUUGGUAUCAGAUGCGAUUAUCUAAAUGUGCCUUACCUCCGUGAUGGAUUGCAUUUGGGAAACAGUUUUAAUAACUUCCUAACAGUGCAAUGACAUGACUCGUUCUAAUCGUGUGACUGUCUGUGUUUAGAGCAAUCCGCUUACGCUGUGGACAAUCCAAUAGUGCAAUGACAUGACUCGUUCUAAUCGUGUGACUGUCUGUGUUUAGAGCAAUCCGCUUACGCUGUGGACAAUCCAAUGCGGUACAUUCAUCAAAGAAGAAAAAUGAAAGUGUUAAAAAAACGUUGACACAAACUGCCGCUGUUUCGCUCUACUUUUUUUAGACGGAUACAGUAAUUUUAUAAUGUCGAGAUGUACUUGGGGGAAAAAAAGGGGGGGGGGGGGCUUUUCCUUGCUUAAUCUGAAUAUUGAUGCAACUUAGGGCUCAAGCGGUUGUCAAAAAAACAUUGUUAUGUGUUCUUACCCUUUUACCCAAGUACAAAUUUGUCACGCCUUUGACUGCCAUGGUGGUGACGAAACCA